CUGACAGAUCUCAUACUUGGUCAAAUCCAUACUAGGUAUGCCCUAAAUUUUGCCUUUUUUUCUCAUAAAUUUCUUGAAUUUUUGUUUAAUCUUCAAUUAAUUUCUGUUGAUCUUCAAACUGUUCUUGUUGAUCUUCAAACUUUUCUUGUUGAUCUUCAAAUAAUUUUUGUUUUUAUAGCCUUUGAUCUUUAUCUAUACAAUAUUCCCCAAUUUUGUUGUUUGAAUACUUUGACUUGUGAAAUGGACCUUACAUAAACGAAUUGUGUAAAGAAAUGCCCCAACUUAAUUUAAAUGUAGACUCGAAAUUUAACACUUCUAAGAGAAAGAGAGUCGAAUCUGAUGAUUCGGAUGAUGAUAGCUCCAGUUAUCAAGUGACUUCGCAUUGUGAAUCGAUUUCGAGUGAUGAUGAGUCUCAUACUUCGCCCAUUUAUCCCCCCGAAAAGCAAGUUCCUUUCCCUUGAGAAUUUUCUUUAGCGUUUUCUCCAGGAUACUUAAGAAUUGAACCUAAACUUUUGGAGAUGGUACAUGUAGAUCAAAAGAAGAUGACAGAACAAGAAUGUUCACCGAGCCGAAACAGUGCGGAAAAGCCUCCCCACCUAUUUUAUAUCCCUAACGGUGGCCCACCAAAUUAUUUCAUCGAUCUUCCCACAAUGAUUUUAUUAGAUAGUAAUCGAAGAAGUAUGGCCAAGAGGUGGCGUUUGCUAGACGGAUAUGACAUUACUAAACCCGGGCUGUAUGACACGGUCAGAUAUCCUCUUCCCGGGUGUAUAGUGGUGUUUGAGAAGGCCUUUGAGUUAGGCAUGAGUUUUCCUUUACAUCCUUUUGCUCGUGAAGUCUUGGAAUUUCUUAACAUAACCGUUGCAGAGUUAUUUCCUAACGCUUAGGGUUGUCUAAACGCUUUUAUCUUGAUAAGUAGGAUCAUGGGUGUGAACCCUAAUUUAACAGCCUUUUGUCAUAUUUUUUGGGCGAGAUUGUGUAACUCUCAAAAUAAUGGCGCUAGUUGGAUUACCUUCUCACACAGGAGAUCUUUCAAACUUGUUGGGGAAUUUCCAGACAGCCAGAAGGGAUUUCGAACAAAGUUCGGAUACAUGUAUAAUAGCCAGGGAUGGAAUUUUAAGAUGAGCUAUGACAUUGAACCCAAAUUGGAAGAAUUUAAAAACUCGGUCCCCAUCUGUACCCAAGAAGAGGUAAUAAUUGUGCGAUAUGCCAAAAUAACGGUAGAGCUAGGUCGAAAACUGAUUUUUGUACAAAGGAACUGGAUUCCCAAGAGAUUGAGUUUCAAAAAUGAACUCCAUAUGACAUUAGUUUGAAAGUUGAUAAGAGUAAGUGUCUCGGUAUUACUUAUCCUUUAGAUGAAUAAUCUGCUUCCAACCCCUUUGAUUUUGCAGGGAUUGCAAGAAGUGAACUCCACAACUGCUAUAAAGAGUUGAUGGCAAAAUUCAACGCGAUGAGAGCCAUGGCUGAGGCAUUAAGAGCAGCUAAUCCAACACCCCCCCCCCCCCCCCCCCCAAGCUACCAAAGGAUUCUACCACGUUGACUGAGGGUAUUAAAGAAGCCCCGAGCCAUGAAAAGGCUCGGGUGUUGCUGGAGAAGAGGAAGAAGAUCCCUUCUCCUGACAAGUUGACAAGCAGGAGUUGCCCUGCUCCAAAAUGGAGGAAAAAGUCUAAGGCCAAAUCCAAGGCCAAAGCUGCUGCUCCCACGCCGGAUAAUCUGAUUGUGGUGGAGGAUGAGGACGGAGAGGCGUCUUCUACGUCUAUGGAGACCAUUUAUGAAGAUAUUCCCAUUCAAAAAACAAUGUCGGGAAUAAAAAUCCGAGAGCCCGAGGAUGUUGUGCCGGGCCCGGUUGCUGAUAUACCUUAUUCUUCUAAUAAGAGGAAGAAGGUCUUGGAAGAGGAGCAAGAGGUUUACAACACGAACAUCAGGGCUCACAAGCCCGAUGUUACUUUUGUAAACUUAAGUAAAACUGAUAUGGCUGCCUGCUUCAACAAAGCGUCUCGUUGUCUCUUGAGCAACUUAGAUAUGGAGUAUCUUGACUCUAUGGAUCUGGUUGUGAGGAAGGAACAGGCUCAGACAGCACUUGCUGAGGGACUAUUGAGGAUGAUCUUCGAGACAACCAAAGUUCAGCAGAAUGAGGUUAAUCAAGAGACAAUUCGUACUUUGAGUUCACAGAUUGAUGAGAAAAAUGAUAAGAUUGCUCAAAUGACACGGGAGUCAGAGGGGCAUGCACAAGUUGUUAAGAAGCUUUAAGGUAAGCUAGACAAAUGUAAGGAGUUGACGGAGCGCAUUGAGCUUGCUAGCAAUGGAGAUUGAGGUUAAAAGAAGUGUUGCAGGUUGAAGGAAGUGUUGCAGGUUGCUGGAAAAACCCUUGAAGACUCAACAGGGGUCGCUGUCAACAUUGCUCAUGAUGUGGCGACCCUGUUAGAGGAACAAGACCAGCUGGUGGUGAAAGCUGAUCAUCUUACUCGUUUUCUCGCCGAGGAAAGAAACAAAAUGAUGAUUGUUCUGGAGUCGACGAAGGUUCACAGGCUUCGCGCGAGUAGGGGUGGAUGGAUUGCCAAAGAUUGGCUAGCUUCCGCUAAUAGUGGUGACUUUAUGGCUCAGCUCUUAGGAGAAAUGAUCAAUAAUGGUAUUUUGCUGGAGGCUGAAGCUCAUAGGUUAGCAGCAGUGGAGCUAGGGUAUGACAUGGAAAAGCUUGCUUCUCUGGCUAAGGAGAAAAAAGCAGAUUCUUUUUCCAAUCAGGCGUCUGUCUUUUCUCAAGAGUUAGCGACAAUGAACGACGCAUUUUGGGAUUCCAACGAGCAGAAAAUGUGGUCUGAUAAGGUUGAUGUUGAAAAGGAAAAACAAGCCUUGGACUUGGACCUUGAUUAUGUAUCUUUUGAGGCUCCAAAUGUGCCUGUGGCUUCUGGGAGGAAGACUUUCUCUUCUCUGGAGACAAAGUGUUCCGACCUAACUAAUGCCCUUGAUGGCUACAAAACAAACCUUCUUAGACCAAGCCGGGGAAUUAGAUGCUCGGGAACCAUUGAUGAUUAAUCUUGAUGAAAUAUUGCACUUCACACCGUCUCCUCAAUGCAAAUCUCUGACUCCAGAAUUUUGCGCCAAUGAAGUAGCUCAAUCCUAACUUCUUGUGAUCAUAUGUGGGUUUUAGUACCCUAUUUUGAACAAUUUGAAUGUUUUAAUUUGAAUUAUUUUUUUGAACAUUUGGCCAUGGUGCCUUGUAAUUAACUUUAUUUGUGGCGAGAUGUUUCGAACAUCUCCUUAGUAUUUGAAUGUUUCGCCUGUAGGGGCAUUAGGCUAUUUUAUUCCUUUGCGUGACUUUCAAAUUAGAUGAAAGUCGACUUUUAAGCUAGGUGAGAGCACUAAAAAGUAACUUGCACUCUAGAGAAUGUUGAUUCUCCUUGAGCCUUCAAGGAGGGGGUCCGACUUUAAAAGUCUCGGACCAUAAGAAUAAGUGAAAAAUGCCAAAAGCUUUGAAGAACUCUGACUUUCAAACUUGGUGAAAGUCUCGUACCUUGACUGGUUUAGGGUGUCUUCCCACGCGUUUCUCAUCCCAGGUAAAGGACCUGUUACUGCGUUCGGUGUUGCGGACAACAGAGUCGAAUAUGUUAGUGUUUAUGUUUAUUUAUUACAUUUUAAUGUGUCGUUACCGAAAUGAACUGUUUAAUUUAUUGACAAUGUUAUUUUUUUUUUACAUUUUGCAGCUGAAUUUCCAAGUAGACUCGCCUCACUACUGAGGAUGCCAUCUAUUGUGCAAAUGACGCCGCGGGAAAGACAUGCUGCUGAUAUGUACUUAGAUGAACUUAGAGAGUUGUUUGAGGAGUGGCAGGCAUUUAGAGGGCACAGCCCUUAAUAGACAUUUUUGGAAUUUGUAUUAAUGAACAAUUUUUUUUUUUACUUUUAUUGAUGAAAAAUU